AUGGAUUCGGAUUUCCGGGAUGUCGAUGUCGUUUCGGAAUUAGAUAAACUCUCUUCCGAGAAUAACUACAAUGAAAUCGUGAAUUUAUUGAGAGAAAAUUUCUACCAAUUCAACGAUGAUCCGAACAAACUAAUUGCAAUCUUGACCAUUAGAAUUUACUACAAUUUACACCUCAAAAAUUUUAACGAGGUCGAUUCAGACUUUGGUCUAAUCGAAUCGAUUUUCACCGAUAAACUAAAUUCUCAAUUUUCCUACACCAAAGAUUCAGUAUGCCCAUUUAGUACAUUUUUGAUACAUGCUUAUUAUCCUCAUAUGAAAGGCUCCAGUUUCCAGUCCCUCACUAGAAUGUUUGAUUUAUUCCAUAAACUCAACGAUGACUUGAAGAGUCAAGGGUCAAAAUAUGAGAAGGGCGACGAGAGUGAAUCGUGUAUAAAACGUGAAGUAACUGUCAAGAGGAUUAUGAAAACUGGAUUGCUCCUAUCAGACGUACUUUUCACACUGCUAAGACCACACGAGGCGAUAAAGUUAUUGAAGGAAGUAAAUUUGAAGUACGAUGAAGGAGAUGUUUCAACUAACAUGAUAUUAUCAGUGAUUUAUAGAAAGCUAGGUUAUAAGGAAGAAUCUGAGCGAUACAUGAAGGUGAUUCUGGGAAAGGAAGGAGCCGAACCCCCUUACAGAGGGCUUCUAAAGAUGUUUGAAAAAGACUAUGAAGGUGCUUCUGAGGAGUUUAAAUCAGUGCUUUCGCUGGGUAAAAAGUCACUCAGCCCCCAGGAGUCGGUUUUGCUCAACAACCUGGCAGUAUCAACUCUUUACGCCGGAAGUUCCCAGGAAGCCAAAAAUUUGUUCUUUAACUUUGAAAUACUAACACAUGGAUUUCAGGCCCAUAGGGGCAUAAUGUCAAAUGCUGAUGUUCUCGUGGAACUUUCAAUUUACGAAUAA